GUACAAAUAAUAAUAACAAAUUUAAAAAAAUAAAAAAAUAUCGAGCGUGGCGAAAAGAAUGCAAGAAAAUGGCGAAAACGCCGUCGUCUGCUCGUGCGCAUCUCCACACUCGCUUUCUGCAGAAAAGCGACACACAACAACAUAACCAUAACUAUAACCAACUCCAAAAUCAAAGUACCCAGCUACGUCCCAAUAUCCCUUCAGAUCCAUUCAAAUAACUUCUCUCUCUCUCUCUCUCUCUCUACUCCUAGUUUUCGUCGCCCUAAUCGUUCUCAUCACUCUAUCACCCGCGAAGUCGUUUUGUCCCAAAACGACAAUUCCAAGAAACACUGCCUCAUGUCGAGUGAUGAUGCCGUGAAACCCGUACCCUACGCUCGCCGGCGCCCCACCGGAGAAGGUAGCAGCAGCUCCGGUUCCUCUCACCGCAAGCGGGCCAAAUUUCUCCAUAAUUUCAAUGACGUGGGGGAGGAUGGAUUUGAUUCUAGCUGUGAGGUAGAGGGCGAAGGUGAAUGUGAUGAAUCUGACGUAGCAAAAGUAGAAGAUCAAGGGGUCAAAAUGGAUCUCACUGAGGAUUUAUUGCAUAUGGUUUUCUCAUUUUUGGAUCCUCCCAAUCUAUGCAAAGCUGCCAGGGUUUGUACGCAGUGGAGAACUGCUAGUGCUCAUGAAGAUUUCUGGAGGACUUUGAACUUCAAAGAUCGUUACAUUUCUCUGGAAGAAUUUGAGGACAUGUGUAGGCGUUAUCCUAGAGCCACAGCAGUGAGCAUAUCCGGUGCCACAAUUUCCUCGCUUGUCAUGAAGGCUAUCUCUUCCCUGAGGAAUCUUGAGGUUCUAACACUGGGAAAAGGACAUAUACCGGAUGGUUUCUUCCAUGCCUUGGAAGAUUGCUCUAUGUUGAAAAGACUGAGCAUCAAUGAUGCUACACUUGGCAGCGGUAUUCAGGAGAUAUCUAUUACUCACUAUAGGAUGUGCCAUCUUCAAAUAACAAAAUGCCGUGUGAUGCGUAUAGCAGUCAGAUGUCCACAGCUUGAAACCAUGUCGUUGAAACGCAGUAAUGUUGCACAGGCUGUGCUUAAUUGCCCUCUUUUGCAUGAACUUGACAUAGGCUCUUGCCAUAAACUUCCUGAUUCUGCAAUUCGCUCAGCUGCAACAUCAUGCCCCCAAUUAGUUUCUUUGGAUGUGUCUAAUUGCUCAUGUGUUAGUGAUGAGACACUACGUGAAGUAUCCUUCUCUUGUGCUAACCUUAGUUUCCUUGAUGCCUCAUACUGCCCAAAUGUAUCUCUUGAGUCUGUUAGACUUCCAAUGUUGACAGUUCUUAAGCUUCACAGUUGUGAAGGCAUCACCUCCUCUUCAAUGGCUGCAAUAGCUCAUAGUAGUUUGUUGGAGGUUUUGGAGCUUGAUAAUUGUAGUCUACUGACUUCAGUAUCUUUAGAUCUUCCACUUUUGCGAAAUAUAAGAUUGGUACACUGUCGCAAAUUAGCUGAUUUGGACUUGAGGACUAUAAUGCUUUCUUCUAUGGUGAUGUCCAACUGCCCUGCACUCCGCCAAAUCAAUAUCACUUCAAAUUCACUUCAAAAAUUAGCCAUACCAAAGCAGGACAGCUUAACCACAUUGGCUUUACAAUGCCAAUCCUUGCAAGAAGUAGAUCUGUCUGAGUGCGAAUCGUUGACAAACUCUGUAUGUGAUGUUUUCAGUAAUGGAGGAGGAUGCCCAAUGUUGAAAUUAUUAACUCUUGAUAAUUGUGAGAAUUUGACAUCAAUUCGAUUUAUCAGCACCUCUCUGGUCAGUCUCUCCCUUGGUGGUUGUCGAGCAAUAACUAAUCUUGAGUUAUCUUGCCCAAAGCUUGAGAAAGUCAUUUUGGAUGGUUGUAAUCAUUUGGAAAGAGCAUCAUUCUGUCCUGUUGGUCUCCUGUCUCUUAAUUUAGGAAUAUGUCCGAAACUGAACAUACUCAGCAUUGAAGCACCAUUUAUGGUUUCUCUCGAGUUGAAAGGAUGUGGAGUACUGUCGGAAGUAUUCAUCAAUUGUCCGCUCUUAACUUCUCUGGAUGCUUCCUUUUGCAGCGAACUAACAGAUGAUUGCUUAUCUGCCACCACUGCCUCAUGCCCGUUAAUUGAAUCGUUAAUAUUAAUGUCAUGCCGAUUGAUUGGUUCGAAGGGACUUGAUUCUCUGUGUUCACUUCCAAAUUUGACGGUUCUUGACUUAUCAUACACUUUCUUGGUGGACUUGCAGCCUGUUUUUGAGUUUUGUUCACAACUAGAGGUGCUAAAGUUGCAAGCAUGCAAAUCUCUUUCCGACACUUCACUGGAACCUCUUUACAAAGGAGGUGCUUUACCUGCACUACAGGAGUUGGACUUGUCCCAUGGAACUCUCUGUCAGUCUGCCAUAGAUGAACUUCUUGUUUGCUGCACAAAUCUCAGGCGUGUGAGCCUGAAUGGCUGUGAGAAUGUGCAUGAUUUGAAGUGGGGAUGCAGUCAUGGGCAGGUUGAUGUGUCGCCUGCUCUGAAGAUCCCAUAUGGUGUAAGUUCCCAUGAGAAUGUGUUGGAGUCAAGUCAGGAAUCCACCUGCUUACUUCAGAACCUCAACUGUGUGGGAUGUACAAAUAUUAUAAAGGUUGAGAUUCCAUCAAGGGCACAUUGUUUAAAUCUAUUAUUCUUAAACCUUUCGCUAUCAAGGAAUUUGAAGGAGGUCAAUAUUACUUGUCUCAACCUAUGCUUUCUUAAUUUAAGAUCAAAAUGCAAUAUGCUGGAGACUCUUGAUGUUCGCUUUUGUCAAAAGAUAAGCUCAACAAGUGUCGCGAGAUUCCGUACAUCAUGUUCUAGUUUGAAGCGGAUAUUCAGCAACUUGUCAAAUUAAUGAACUCCAUCAAAGAUAUCGAAAUUUCCAAGUGCAUAUUUACUUGGAAUGAAGGCUUGGUAAUAAAAGUGAUUAUUCCUCCUGUAUUGUAAAUGGUGUAACUGUCAUUGUUGUUUUGUUUGCCAUCUUGAAAUCGGGUAACCACACGGGUGCUUUAGUUUCUAAGUGCGUGCGUUAGUUGUAUUAUUUUGUUGACUGAAAAAGUUGAUUUUCUAAGUAUACUCUUAUGUACUUUUAAGGGAAAUUCUAAUUAUAUUCGUCAGCGUUCUUGAUU